UUUGCCAUCCUUGGUUUUUGCCGAGAAAAAUUAUUUAAUAUUAAUUGUAGUUUGGCAUUUGGCACUUGGCAUUUGGCAGGUUGAAAAAUGGCCCCAGAGAUGAAUAUUGGCGGGGACGGUGACCCGGAUGAUGCGCUGGAAGAGUUCAAGCCGAAGAUGGAGCGGCGCAGCACUGGUGGCAGAGACACAGGCACGGGCACUCAAAAAUGCGGCCACACGGGCAACAAGGGGCGUGCCUGUUCGUUCGAGGGCUGCGACAAGAGCUACCUAAUUGUGAAGUGGCAUCUGCGUAGCGGCGGCGGCCACGAGCGAUCGGGGGAGGCGACACAGAAGAGCGCCAAAUGCUCGGUGAUGGAGUGCAGCAAGACGUUCAGCUCCGGCAGCAGCAUGCAGCGGCAUGUGCGCGAGGCACACGGGAUCCAGCAGCACACCAAUGAGUAUCCCUAUCGCUGCAGCAAGUGCAGCCGCGGCUUCUACCUGGAGUGGCAUCGGGAGAGCCAUCAGAGCAGCUGCCGGCUGUACUCCUGCCCCGGCUGUGACCUCCAGUUCGUCAAGCGGUCGCUCUUCAUGAAGCAUUGCCACGAGACGAUGCACGGGCGCAAGCGCAACAGGAGCCGGAAGUGCCCGCGCUGCGAGAACAGCUACGACAAGCCCAGCGAUCUCAGGCUGCACAUGGAGGCCAAGCACAAGCGCAGUGUGGGGCCGUUUGCAUGCACCGAGGCGGGCUGCUCUCGCUCCUAUUCUUAUGCGCGUAGUUUGCGCCAACACCGACUGGCGGUGCACUUCGGCAGGCGCUUCGAGUGUCCGGCCAUCGACUGCGGACGCAGCUUCAGCAGUGCCCAGAAUCUGUCCAAGCACCAGGCACGAGAGCACACCGAAGUAGAGGCGAAGACUAAGGCCAAGGGGAAGGGGAAGGGGAAGCCCAAGACCAAGUCCAAUACGAAGGCACGCAAGUGCCGUCGCGAUGCUGGCAAACGCACCAAACGUUCCAGGCUGGCCAGCCUGCAGCUGGAGAAGGAUGGGGAUGAGUCCCCCGCUGUGAAGAAAGUCGCUGAAUCUUUGGUCGAUAAAGAGGCGGAGGAGGAUGAGGAUUCCUUGCAGCGUCUGAUUAGCGCGAUUCUUCAAGACGAAUAG